AUGUCGCUCCAGGACUUUGUCCACAACUAUGAGAUGGAGAGCCUGCAGCUGGGCAUCACGGCGCGCCGGGAUGUGAUCGCGCGUAUGGCAGACUUCUUCCCGUCAUCCGAGGACGACGGGCUCAGUAGCAAUUUCCAAGCGACGUCACAGGCGCUCGCUGCACGCCGCGCAAAGACCACCGAAGAGAGGCCAGAUAUGGUGCUGGUUCUGGCUGGGAACACUCGGGAAGGCUUUCACCACCGACUGCGCAAUAUCCAACUUGUGGCUCUUGCAAAUACCUUGCAUGCAAGUCAAGUACCCGGUCUCGUCGGACUUGAUCUGCGCUACAACCACCUUGGAGAGCACGAAGAGGAUGUUACGCAGCAUGAAGCUGAAAGUGACAAUGAGGACGAUGAAGGAGGAAGAGACGAACGCGAGUUCCUUUUAGACACUGCGUCAAGCCUCGGUCGACUAUUGCAACCCACACCCGCCUACGUGUGUCGAAUCGCUGAACUGAAUCUGCAGGGCAAUCGGCUCGGUAGUGAGAGCUGUCGAUUGCUCUGCACUGCACUAGGUGCUGCUGGUGCAGCUUCCCCUUUACGACGGUUGAAUCUUAAUGGGAAUCCACUCGGAUCCGCGGGAGGCCACGCCAUCGCUACGCUGCUAAGUGCGGGUACAUGUCCGCUACAAGAACUCGACGUAGGCAAUUCGAGUUUCGACGUCUCGAAUCUAAUUGCCAUUGCACAGUCGCUGCGUGUCAACCGCUGCCUUAAGGCGCUGAACCUCGACAACCCUGUUGUUAAGACAACCGAGGAAGAGGCGGUCCAGUACAUUGGGAAGAUGCUGCAAGUAAAUCGCGUGCUUACGGAUCUGAGUCUGGCCAAGCACCAAAUGACGGAUCACGGCGCGCAAGUGCUGGCCGAGCGGUUGCUGGACAAUCGAUCGCUGCGGCGGCUCGUUCUCCGCGCCAAUCGCAUCGGAAGUACUGGGGCCUCUGCGCUUGCAGCGUUGAUGAUGCGUCACCCUACACUAUCAGAAUUUGAUCUGAGCGCUAACCGUAUUGGAGACGCUGGCGCGAAGGCCUUUGCGACGGUGCUGAAAGCCAACGUGGCCACACCUCUGGAGACACUGUCACUGUGUUCCACGUCACUCACUGAUGACGGCAUGGCUACACUUGCAAAUGCCUGUCUGAAGCUGCAGAAUCCGGAAGCAGGAUCACGACUGCGCUGUCUGCUUCUGUGGGGCAACACGUUUGGGCCCAAGGCGUCGCCGCUCAUGCUGCAACUGUGCGAACCUGGGGGUCGAUUUCAUGAGCACAACGUCGAGACCGACUUCCUGCCGCGUCUUGUAGACGAUGAAGUGCUGGUUGCACACCAAGAAACGCGUCACUUCCCCAGGUUUGCGUCGCCCAAGCGAUGA